AUGGGGACGGAGACUGUGGAGGAGGCCUGUGGUUUGGGGAAAUCGGCAGCUGCGAAGAAGGCUACUGAGAACUCGGGGCAGGAGGCCGGGAAGGGAGAUGGAGCCGGGGGGGAGGAGCCGGUUUACGGUCCGUGGUUGGUAACUAAUCGGAUCGGAUUCCGGCGAGCGCCGGUGACGAAGAAUCGGAGGAAGGAAGUGAGCGAGGCCAGGGCAGGGAACUCAGUGCCCACAUCUCCACAUCUCGGCCCUAGCGGGAAGGGGGAUGGGCUGUCUUCGCCGCCCUCAUCGUCCUCGCCGGUGGAUCUUGAGGGGUGGCAGAAGCCCACCAAGGUGGCUCGCCGGCGGACGCCGGAGAAGGACGUGUCCUUGGGUGUGUCUACAGGCGGUCCGAGUCAACCCGUGACCGAGUCCGGGUUGGGAGCCGAGUUGGGCGAAUGUCCUGUAGGCCGGGCCAAUGACUUGGGCCAGGCUGCGGGGGGAUCCAAUACCGGAAGUGGGCAGGGUGUGGGUGGGCCGGGCCCGAGCCCGUCGAAACGAGCGAGAAGCCCACCCAGGAUUAAAGGCUGUGCGAUGGGAGGCCCGUCCAACCCCGGUGGAGGGUCUGUGUCUUCCGUGGAGAAGCUCGGGCGAUCGGGGGCUGGCUUCCGCCGGAGGUCCAAGAGCUCUCCCCCGCCCCUGGUGACGGAACGUGGUCGACCUCCUCGGCGGGAAGCGGUGCACAGGGCCGGCAGUUUUGGCCCACUUCUGUCCGGGAGAGCGGAGAAGGCUGGGAGGCGUGCGGCUUUUGUCCCGUUCGCGGCAGCAGAGACGGUGGCGGUGGGGUUGUCCGGCACCGGCGCUGAUCGGGUGGUGGAGUGCUGCAACGCAGCGGUAAGGGGUGGCAAAGUAGGUGGUGUGGCGGAGGAGGGAGCUGCUGGGGGGGAAAGUUCCAAGCAGAGGGCGUGCCAGGUGAAUCAAGCUCUCCUCCAACAUAUGGCACGGGAGCACAGUGGGGUGGCAUCCGAGAUGGGAUUGAGGAAGAUGGUAACAGGUGAAUCAAGCUAUCCUAGGCCUGUGGGUGGUGUCAACACAGAGGAAAGAGGGGAAUUGACAGGGGGUCUGGUGGCAAGUAUGUGUGCCAAUGGAGACUCAGCGUGCCAUUUGGCACAACCCGGGGAGGGAGGGGAUCUUCAUCGAAUGGUGGCCCAGUUGAAGGCUGCAGCCAAGGGAGUGGUCUCUGCAGGCUUGGAGAGUGGAAGAGCUAGUGAAGAGGUGGUGUUUCAUGAUUGUAGCCCCGGGACAGGGGGUAGUGAUGGACUCCGGGGUGACCAAUGA